AAACAAACAGCUCCAAUUUGGGAGAAAAGGCAAACAGAAGGUGAGCGCGAAAAGUGUGGAAAGCAAGAAGAAAUGGUACGAAAAGAAAAAAUGUGUAUAUUUUUGCAUUUUCUGUUUAUUGCUGCUCAUUUCUGUUUCGGCUAUCGACUGUUGAAGACGUUUAAAUUGAAUCGUGCCGGUUAAGUGCUUUCCAAGACGAAGUUAUUGAUAGAAAAUUCUGUUAUAUCCAUCGAGUUGCUUCUAUGUACUAUUAUCUCGAUAUUAUUGAGAAAAAAGAAAAGACACUAAGUGCGCUCAUUCUAUUAACUGUUUAUACGAACCAUUAAAUUAAAUAAGUGAAAAAAAUGAAGUGGAACAAAAAGCUUAUCAUCCUCAUAAUUGUUAUAUUGUUUGUAAUUUGUUUAUGCGAGGCAAAGAAGCGAAGAAUUCCAUCACGUCUUAAAGUGAAGCAGCCACAAAAAAAUAAUAUUAGAAAUCCAAAAUUGCCGAAGCUUAAAAGUCAGAAGCAAUUAUUGUAUGAGACACGUGAGACUUCACCACCAAGUUUCGUGACCCUUCUACUCUUACGAUUAGUUUAUGGACUAGCUACUCAAAUGGGAUUCGAGGAUAGACUUCCGGGCUUUUUAUCACCACCAAAUGCUGAUGACGGAGAUUAUGGAUUCUUUAGUGCACCAUUUGGAGGUGGAGAUGAUGACUACGACUUGGGACUAUAAAAAAUUAUCUUGUAUUUAAUUAAUUUGCGCACUCAGGAACAGCGACAUAAUUCAUUUAAAUGAAAAAAAUCAUGAGAAAAAAAAGAGUUUUGUGUACAGAAUUAAAUUCGGGUUCGCUUCUUCAGCUCGAGAAAAAAAGAACCGUUUAAAUCUUUUGUUUGAUGAUAAUCUGUAAAUUUACAUUCUCUUAAAAUAAUAAUUAAGCAACAACUGCAACCGAUGAUUGGUUUUACUUUUUG